AUGACCAGCAGUCCAAACGAUUAUAUUCAGAAAGGUAUUCAAUAUGCCGAACAAGCUACAGCCGAUGAUAAAGUUCAUAAUUUUGAAGCUGCCGGUAAAAAUUACAUGGCAGCAGCAGAAUGUUUAAUGCAUGCAGUAAAGUAUGGAGCAAUGAAUGACCAAUUGAAACAAAAUAUUCGUGCGAAAGUAACUAGUUAUAUAAAACGAGCGGAAGAAAUAAAAGGUACUUCGAAGAAUGGACCAACAAUAAAAAAACCAAUUGCUGAUGGUGGAAAUUCAAAAGAUAAUAAAGAUGAUGAUGAAAAUGGUGAUCCAGAAAGAAAACGAAUGAUGCAAAAAUUUGAAGGAGCCAUUAUUACGGAUCCACAAGUUACAUUUGCUGACGUCAUUGGUUUAGAGCAAGCUAAAGAAGCGUUAAAAGAAGCUGUUAUUUUACCAGUGAAAUUUCCACAUCUUUUUCAAGGUAAACGCAAACCAUGGGCUGGUAUAUUACUUUAUGGACCUCCUGGUACUGGUAAAUCAUAUUUAGCAAAAGCUAUAGCUACUGAAUGUAAGAAUACAUUUAUUUCUGUGAGUUCAUCUGAUCUUUUAUCAAAAUGGCUUGGUGAAAGUGAAAAAGGUGUUAGAGGUUUAUUUGAAAUUGCUCGAGAAAAACAACCAUGUAUUGUAUUUAUCGAUGAGAUCGAUGCUCUAUGUGGACAACGUAGUGAUACUGAAUCUGAGUCAUCACGUCGUGUUAAAACUGAAUUUCUUGUUCAAAUGCAAGGUGUUGGAUCAGAUAAUUCAGGUGUACUUGUUCUUGCUGCAACAAACAUUCCUUGGACGUUAGAUACAGCUAUUCGAAGACGUUUUGAAAAACGUAUUUAUAUUUCAUUACCGGAAGUUAAUGAACGAGCGGCUAUGUUUAAAACUCAUUUGGGAGCUAGUACUUAUCAUACAAUCAAAGAAAAUGAAUGGAUGCAACUAGGACAAAAAUCUGAACAUUAUUCUGGUGCUGAUAUAGCUGUUGUUUGUCGUGAAGCUCUACUCAGACCUAUUCGUCGACUUAGUUCAGCAACACAUUUCAAAAGAGUAUCAAAUCCAAAUCCAGAUGGUCCUCGUCAACUUUGGCUUGUCUGUUCACCAGGAGAUCAAGAUGCUGUAGAAUUAACAUUGGAUAAAAUUAAACCUGAAGAAUUAGCUGAGCCACCAGUAACUAUGAACGAUAUGAUAGCUGCUCUUUCAACACAGAAACCAACUGUUGGUGAAGUUGAUCUAUUAAAACAGGUAAAAUUUACCGAAGAAUUCGGUCAAGAAGGUUCUUAA